UUUUAAAGAAAGGAGACAUUUGCUUCUCUUGAUUAGAUAGUAGGUAGAUAGAUGCAUCCAUACAUAGAAAACUACAUGCAUGGAUGAAAGAUAAAAGCCCAUAAUUAGAAGCUCUUUUACCUUCAAGGUAGGAAGACUGUUCCUCAUCCUUUGGCUUCACCCAGGCCAGGGCAGUCCUUUGUUACUAUUCGCUUGAGAGAUUUAUUCACUUUAGUGGAGGAGAUACGCGUGAAAGAGAGGCUUGUGCCCCACGUGUCAUCUCUCGGUCUCCGUCGUGGCUGAGGGAGUCCCUCGGGCGAGUGGGAGUCGAAGUCUCCGUGGUGAGGAGGACUGGCUCAUCACCAGCUGCUCUAGGGCUGUGGCUUCAUUAUCAGCCACCGUGUGGUUAUUUCUCUCCCUCACUCCCCUUGCAUUCCAGUUUCAGCCUCUUCUUUGCCCAUCACCCGUGUCUCAGCAGGAAGGCAGGGCAGGCAGCUCGGUUCCAGAAAAGAUACUCUUGCUUCCAGGGGCAAGCCAGCUGCAGCCAAAGCAAAAUGAAAUUCUCGUGCCUUUCAGUUUCUUCCUUCAGUUCCAGAUUCCAACAAUGUCUCACCCAUCUUGGCUGCCACCCAAAAGCACUGGUGAGCCCCUCGGCCAUGUGCCUGCGCGGAUGGAGACCACCCAUUCCUUUGGGACCCCCAGCAUUUCAGUGUCCACACAACAACCACCCAAGAAGUUUGCACCGGUAGUUGCUCCAAAGCCUAAAUACAACCCGUACAAGCACCCUGGAGGUGAAGGUGACUUUCUUCCACCCCCGCCUCCACCUCUAGAUGAUCCUGGUGCUCUUCCGUCCAGCCCCGGAAACUUCCCUCCUCCACCACCCCUUGACGAAGGUGCUUUCAGGGCACAGCAGGGAAAUCCUGGAGGCAAGACCCUUGAGGAGAGGCGUUCGAGCCUGGAUGCCGAGAUAGACUCGCUGACUAGCAUCUUGGCCGACCUUGAGUGCAGCUCCCCCUACAAGCCUAGACCCCCACAGGGCUCUACUAGCUCGACAGCCUCUCCUCCAGUCUCCACCCCUGUCACAGGACACAAAAGAAUGGUUAUACCAAACCAACCGCCUCUAACAGCAACUAAAAAGUCUACAUUGAAACCACAGCCUGCACCCCAGGCUGGACCCAUCUCCGUGGCACCAAUUGGGACACUAAAACCCCAGCCUCCACCAGUCCCUGCUUCCUAUACGACGGCAUCGACCCCUUCCAGGCCUACCUUCAAUGUGCAAGUGAAGUCAGCCCAGCCCAGCUCUCUUUAUAUGGCUGCUCCUUCAUCAGGACAAUUUUACAGCCAAGGCCCAGGACCCCAAGGCUAUAACACUCCCCCAGUUUCUAUCUCUGGGCAGUGCCCACCUCCUUCAACACGAGGGGGCAUGGAUUAUGCCUAUAUUCCACCACCAGGACUUCAGCCUGAGCCUGGGUAUGGGUAUGCCCCUAACCAAGGACGUUAUUAUGAAGCCUAUUGCCCAGCGGGGCCUGGCUAUGGGGGCAAAAAUGACACCGAUCCAGCUUAUGGUCAGCAAGGUCACCCAAACACCUGGAAGCGGGAGCAAGGGUAUACUCCUUCUGGAACAGGAAACCAGAACCCCCCUGGGAUGUAUCCAGUUGCUGGUCCCAAGAAGACCUACAUCACGGAUCCCGUUUCAGCACCGUGUGCACCACCACUGCAACAAAAGGGUGGACAAACGGGUUCCAUGGGGCCUCCAGCUGUUCCCCCCUCAUUCCGUCCUGAAGAUGAACUCGAACACCUGACCAAGAAGAUGCUGUAUGACAUGGAAAAUCCACCUGCGGAUGAAUACUUUGGCCGCUGUGCUCGCUGUGGGGAGAAUGUCGUUGGGGAAGGGACGGGAUGCACUGCCAUGGAUCAGGUCUUCCACGUGGACUGUUUCACCUGCAUCAUCUGCAGCAACAAGCUCCGGGGACAGCCCUUCUAUGCCGUGGAGAAGAAAGCUUACUGUGAGCCCUGCUACAUUAAUACCCUGGAGCAGUGCAGCGUGUGCUCCAAGCCCAUCAUGGAGCGGAUUCUGCGAGCCACUGGGAAGGCCUAUCAUCCUCAUUGCUUUACCUGUGUGAUGUGCCACCGCAGCCUUGAUGGGAUCCCGUUCACUGUGGACGCUGGUGGCCUCAUUCACUGCAUUGAGGACUUCCACAAGAAAUUUGCCCCCCGAUGUUCUGUGUGCAAGGAGCCUAUCAUGCCAGCCCCAGGCCAGGAGGAGACUGUCCGGAUUGUGGCUCUGGAUCGUGAUUUCCACGUUCAUUGCUACCGCUGUGAGGACUGUGGUGGUCUCCUGUCUGAAGGAGACAACCAAGGCUGCUACCCUCUGGAUGGACACAUCCUCUGUAAGACCUGCAACUCUGCCCGCAUCAGGGUGCUCACCGCCAAGGCCAGCACCGACCUCUAAAUACAGUUGCCUGCUGAGCUGCUUAGUUGGGGGCACUGAGAAGAAGGAAGCACAAGACAAAGAUAUGGGAAAUACAGGAAAGGCAGUCAAGCCGUGAGAUGGUCUCUGUUGUUCCUCUAAUAUUAAUCCUUCUUUAGAAGCACAUAGAUGAUGAGAUUUUUUUUUUUUUACAUUCUCACCAGAUACACAUUUCACAUUUAAUCAUGUAGGACCUUGAUGGGCCUUUGUUCCCAAGGACUUCCACAUUUUUGCACGGAUUAUACUCCAUCCCAUUCACUUCUGCAUUCCUGUAACUUUUAAUCCCUAUGUUUGUUUCACUUUUCAUCUGGUUGAAUGGCUUUUUUUAGUGUGGUAUUUGCUGUCACGCAGUUUUUCUUGGGUGAGUCGGGCCAACUCACAGGUGCUUUUAGGCUUGAAGGGUCCGUCCUGUCAGUUCCACGUGGCCUGUGAACAGGAAGGAUAGCCACUCUUUUUCUGUGUAUUAAAAAGUACAUCUUUCGGUUACUCUAAACCAGUCAUGCCCCUUGGGGGGAAAAAUAGUGUGCCAUGUAUAUGUUAGGCUACAAAGAAUUUAAGCUGUAAAUUACAUAGGUUAAAAUAAGCCCAAAUUUAAUUUGCAACCAAAUUUGAUUGGAAAUUCAAAAUCUGUCGUGACCAGUGGUUAGGGCUCAUUUGAAAACAGUUAUUGAUGAGAGAGAUCCAAAGUUCACUUUUUUUUCCCUAAAGGAAUGCAGGGGAAAAAAAGCAUUUUGGGGGUAUUUUGAAAAGCUUAUUAUUAUCGCACCAUUCUGUCUUAAGAUUUCCCUUUUCCGUGCUACCUAGACCUCAUAAUUCAGACAAACUUUGUUUUCUCUGGAACAUUACAUUUACAAUACUGUCCCGCUUUUCAUCUCAGAAAUAUUGCCAUGUUGUUUUUUGAUCCAAACACAACUACCAAAGUUGAGCUUUCUGUGGGGGAAGACAGUCGUAAAGAACUGUCCUAUUCUUCCUCCCCCCUCCUCCCCCACCCCGCCCCAGGCCCCGGGUCCUUUUUGCCUGACAACUGCAAAUCAGAGCACACAAAAUAAAAUUGUGGAGUUUUGUUUAGUUUACUUUAAAAAGACAGGAAAGCUUGAAAAAAUGGUGAAACCACAGUUUCAUCACUCCCAUAAUCCCGCCGCAACUCAAAUUGCAUAUCACGGGAGAUGUGUUCAUAUCAUGAAUGUGACAUUUAUACCACACUUUUCAAAGACAAUCUCUGAAAAAAAAAAAACAACACUGCCUUUCUGAGCUAAAAAUAUGCAGAGUCUCUGCCUAGAAUCUUUAUUCAAACUCUUACUGGGCACUGAAAUGCUUGCUUGCCAACUACAGAACCCUUCUUUUGGGUUCUAACUUGUUUCUUUUAAAGAGAGACGCCCAUCUUUGUAACGGCAGGUUGCCAUUUUGUAGACUAAUCAAGUAUUUUGGAUUGAGAUUUCUUAAACGUUUCUUCAAAUCUUCCACAAGUAUAUACUUUUAAAUUAUGAAGUAUUUUAAGUAUACACAAAAUAUAAAUAAUAAUAUAAUGAAUCCCUAUAUACAUAACACCCAGUUUAAGAAAUCAACUAUAACAAAUAUAGUUAACAUUCCCUUAUGCACCCUUUCCUGAGUCCACAAAUACCUUUUUCAUGAUUAAGUGAUAAAGUUGAUUUUCUUGUCUGACUUUUAUUUGAAUUUUUAAUUUUAACACUCAAAACAGAAAUGAAAAAGUAUUUGUGCCUAUUUUGAAUUAUACCCAUGCCUCAGGAAUUCCAGUUACAUCGAUUUUACUUUAGUAGGAAUGAUUGUUUAGUUUUCUUUCUUUCUUUUUCUUUUUCAAUAAGAAAUUCUUAAGCCUAUGGUCAUUAGCUCACCUAAGUUAAUGUGUGGCUUUUUUGCCUUGGUCAUCCAAAGAGACCACCAAAGUUGGGACUUCGCAAAGUUUUCUCGGAAAACUUUGCCUUUCCUUACUUUGCUACUCUUAUCAUUGGCCUUAUAUUUUUCUUAAUGGGAAACACAAUGGGCAGCGUGUGAAUUUGAAGAUACUGUAGUGACUAUAUCUCUGAAUUUCCAUCCUCCACGUUCAAGAUCAGACUUGCUGAUGACCUCAAAAAGCACUAACUAUUAGCCAAUUGGAGAGAUAAUGUAAUUUGCUUGAAUUGCCUCAGCAAUUUGUUUUCUAUGAAAUACUUGGCGGAAAUUGUGCUUAGGCCAAAAGCCCAAUUUAUUGAGGGAUGAAUUUUAUCUCUUGAAGCAUCGUCAUAUUAUUAUGAAUUUUGCCAAAAGAGGAAAAUGUAUGAAAUAUUUAUACACUAAAAAUGCAAUACAUUCUACUUGUUUGUUACCUUUAAGUCCUUGUGUAACUAAAUGUUUACAAGCCAAAACAUUUUAAAGAGAGAGAGAGUUAUAAGAAAAUGCUGUCACAGACCCAUCACUGUGGCAUUGCCAGAAUACUGGUGGCUUUCAGUCUUUAUAGUACAUUUUUAUCACAUAACCUCAGAGUAUCUUUACCAAAGAGUUUUAAAGUAAAUCUCUUUUUAAUAUAGACUUAUUAUACUUUUGUAAUAAUGAAUGUGCACACACAUAUGCAGAAAUAUUUAGAUUCAGAUUUCUUUUCUUUCACAAGAUAUAGUAAGGAAAGGAUCCUAUGUUAUUUUGUUCCAGGAUUUCUUAAGUAUAUGAUUUAUAUUGCUUUCUUAUCUUUUCUAUUAAUCCUUUGGUUUAAACUAAUGCCAAAUCACUCUUUAGUGUUUUAGUUAUGUUAAGUUUUGCCUAUAACAGAGACAGAAAGAUCACUAUUACCUGAACAAUUAUAAUUAUUUUGUCUUUUGGUGUAGAGUCUUGAUUGUUAUUUAAAUUCAUAAAUAAUAGAAAAAUCAAAGUAUAUAAGAGAAAGUUUGUUAAACUAUACGGCUUUAAAAAAUUGUCAAGAACACAAAUAUUUGGUAAUUCUGUGUGAUAAGAGAUGUGGAAAAGGAAAAAAGAAACCCACUAUGUCAUGGGCUCUGCAUACCAUUCCAAAAUCAAAUUCCUUUACUGUCUGGAUCCCUAGCUCACACUGAGUCAACAUGAAGUCUCGUUUGCAAUCAAAAUUGCAUUUGAAACUCACAACUAAGUCAUGUGUCCCAGCAUAAGGCAUCAAGGCUUUGAGAUGCUGGACAUCUCUGCAGCUCAAAGACGUGGGUUUUUUUUUCCCUGUCAUUGCUAAACUGUUUAUGUAGGGGCAACUUCUCUGAUCAAGAUUGCUUCAUUGGCUGUCUGCUGACCCAUGCAGCCGAGUUAUCAACACUAUCAUUGUUUCCUCACCACGCAAGAUUCUGAAAAAUUGUUUAUGGUGAUGUUUAAAGUCUAUAAAAUUCUAACUACAUUUAAACAAGUGUUUUUAUUUGGGUUCAGAGGAAGACAGAGAGCACUUUGACAAGAGGGCUGUAGUAGAGGAUUUAUUGAAUAUAGACCGGUCUCUGAAAACACAACUUCCAACAGUUUUCCUAGUUAGUAAAAAUCCUAUUAAUGUGAACCAGCCGGGGAUAACAGUGUUAUUUCUAUUUGAUAUGGUUUGGGCUUCUCUUGUCAAAUCUGUGUCGGCUGCCCCCUGAUCCCUCCAUCAUCACGUUUUGAAGGGUGUCGGGGAAAUUAUGGCAGCUGCUAGGGAGAUCAGGGAAACACUGAUGUGACCUCCCAGCCUCUCACCACUCCUCUUGGCUUGGAAAGGCUUCUUUUUCUCAUAGACAUUUCUAGAAAUAUUGCCAUGCUACCUUAGUAUUUCACAUUUGUAGUUUAAACAAGUGAUUGUCCAUCUGUUGCCUGGAGCUACAGUACAUGUGUGUUAUGAAUGAAAUAUGACAGCAUGUUCCAUACCCUGCUUUAGCCAUCUGUAGGAAGCCAGUAGGCUGAAAAAGAUAUACCUCCACAAAAUGUGCCUGAAGUCCCUUUCUUGAGAUCGCUCUCGCAGGGCACUUUCGUGGGAGACAGUCCGAGAACAACAUGUAUAUGUGCCUUAUUUUUAGAGUGUCUACGCCACUACAGAUAUUCACUGGAGCGUCCGUAAUGUUAGUAAUCAUCUCCCAGAUUUCCAAGUACACUCAUCGGACAGGAAAACAAAAUCCAGAGAAGUGUAAACUCUUUAUCUUAAUGAGUUCUAAUAAUGUUUCUUUUCUCCUUGUCUCUUGGAAGGACCUUGUGGAUUCCUGAAUUAAGAAAACACUUUUAUGCCAGGAGGUGAUGUUGGAUGUUGUUAGUGAUUGGUUUUGGUCUUUCUCUGGUUGUAGUCCGAUAAGGAAGACAGAUUUCCAUUUGCGUCUUUACCACCCACUCAGCAUAUCCAUGUUUAGGAAUUGUCAUAGCUUUUUGGUUUGUCUGUUGUCUUAAUUUAAUAGUGGACAGAACAGGUUGAGGUCUGAGUUAUUAUUAUGGUACAACCGUGGACAUAUCAGGUUGUUAUUUACAUGACAGAUACGUAGAAUGAGAUUCUUCUUAAGAGGCUGUUGUCUGGGUAGCAUACUACGUACUAUUUCAAACCUUUAAAAAAUUAUCUGAUUAAAGCUCCAUGGUUUGGUGAGAAUUCUUCUCUCCCUCCUCGCCUUUUUCUCUCCCACCUCCUUUUUUAUCUCCUGACUUCCUUUCUUACAUUCUGUCCUGCUUUUCAUCCUACCUGUUAAUAUUAUUGUGCUUGGACUUUUCAUAGGUAAAUUAUAUCAGUGCAUCCUGAUCUUUACAGAUGUACAACCAUAGGAAGGGAAGGAAGCUACUGUCAAAUAUGCAUGGCAUCCAUAAAUCCUUCCUUUAAAAGGGCAUAUUUUCCAGAUUGUGUUUAUUCAUAAAGCAAGAUGAGAUAAUAGAGUCUUUCAGGUUGAUUUUAAUGACUUUUCAUCAGGGACUCAGAUCAUAGAGUUCUUGGCAAAUUCUUUAUGACUGCCCUACUUUUCUCAGCUAUAUGCAAAGUGAUCUUUCUAAGACUAGGUUAGGAAUUUUUUUUAAAAAUGCAAAGCAUUUUGGCCAAAACAAACAUAUUUUUAAGUGGUGUGGCAUGUUAUUUUAUUCUUAAUGAAACUUGGUAAUUUUCCUCAUGGCAAAGAAAAGCCUUUAUCUUUCCAGAAUUUUUAUACAUAUCAACAUUUUGCCUAUGAGCAAUAUUAAAUAUUAAAUUAAAUAUUAAAUAUUAAACCCUAAUAGUUGAAUCGCAGUAUUUUACAGGGAUAGGUCAGCGCCAGAGUUGUUCUCAGAGUAGUUCACAGGCCUGUGGUAUGUUUAUAAAAAACAGAAAAAGCAACCUGAGAAGAACAAGUCUGGGUCUGUCAGUAAAACAUUUUGUUAAAAUUCAGCUUUGAGAUUCUUUUGAACUCUGGCUAAUAUUGAUAAACGUGUGCCCUCUGUGUCCGUUUUUUUAAAAUCUGUUUGGAAAAAGCUUAUAUUUCUAGGGAUAUAUUUUCACCUUUGGUUUCUGCUCUCACUUCCACUUUCUGCAAGUUUUCACAGGAAUGACAUUGAUUUUUCCCUUUUCAGAGGGUCACAUGUAGGGGAAGUAAAACAUACUUAAUACAUGUUUAAUUCAAUACAUAACGUGAAUCUGCCAAGUCUCAGUGGGUAUGUUGUUUCGAUACAGAAGCAGAGUUUUGUGAAGGUUUUUUUUUUUUUUUUUUGGAGGUUUGUUUUUUGUUUGUUUGUUUGUUUGUUUUAACCUGUCUCCAAGAAGAGUGGAAUUCGGGAGACGAAGGAGGGUUUUAAGAAAAGGGACCGUCUACAACUGAAAUGAUGGCAGGAGAGUUCUUGUAAAGUGUGACUCUGAGAACUUGCAGAGGGGUUUCAGACAUCAACAACUGUAGUUGUUUAAACAAGUAAAAUAUUUUUAUAGUUUAUGAGGAAUUUAAAAAUCACUACGGAUCACCAUAUAUUUUUCCCUUGUUGGAAGAAAAGGGAACGAGAGCAGCCACUGGCCCCAUGGCAUGAUCGCAGCUACUGCAGAAAUUUGUAACACGCGUCCUUUCGCCCCCUCCAAGACAGGGCACAGCUCGUUCUCUGCCUAAACGAUGGUGAUUUAUAUUCUGACACACUCUUGGGCACACACCGCACUGUACCCUAAGCAUCUCUGAAGGUUAGAAGUUCCUGCUUUCACACAUGCAGUGUUUUUCCUUUUCCAAUACUUACCUCAUGAUGACAGGAAGUAGGAGUUCAGGUCUGUCGUUCUCUUGUUGAAAUCCAGUCAUCCACUCUCUGUAAUGUGGUACCUAAGCAGCCAAACUAUAACUGACUUGUACUCAUUUUUCUCUUUUUUAGUUGCAAACGCAGAAAACUAACUUUAUCUUAUUAACUUUAAAAAAAUAAAAGGAAAUAUAAAAUGGCUUAUUUUCCUGUAAAGAACACUUCUCCCUCGCCCUGUUUUACUUUCCUGCCCCUUGUGCAAGAAGUUGUAGACACUAUUUUGGUUAUCCAACAUGCAUGUGGUUUCUUUUGUGAAAAGUCGUAUGGAAGAUGCACUUUUAUGAAAUUCAUAAACAUUACCCCCCCUUAAAAUCACAAAAAAAUUACUAAAAGCUUUGCUGUUUAUUUCUGAUUAUUACUGGUUAGAACCACACUAAUACAUGUCUCUCUCUCCAGCCUUUGUUACAAACAAAAAUUUAUAUUCUACACGCAGAAGAUUAUAUAUACUAGAGAGAAGAGAAAACAUAUAGCUAAUUCCUUUGUAUAAUUUAAGAUACUUGCAUUAGUCUUUCCUUACAAUAUGCCUUUUUAAAUUUUCCAAGCAACUCAUCCACUUAGGGGCAAAAGAAAACCUUAUUCAUCUAACUGUGAUAGGCAUUUAACUCACUGACCCAAACAGCAGCCUUAUUGAACAGCCCGCAUAAUAGAUGCAGUCAGCUUGGCACUGAAUGUAGCUUCUAGUUCACUCUCAAGCCCCAGAAGUAGAAUGGUUCACCAAGAAUGAGACGGGUCUCGCUAUGUCAUCUUGUAUUAUAUAGUGUAGAGGGUUCUAGCUGACCCCAAACAUCCGUUGGUGGCAUUCCAAACAAACACAGAAUUGUGGGCUCUUUGAGGACCUGAAUCUCCUCUGUUAUUUUGCUAGCAAGUCACCAUCCUAUAUCUUAGACCUGGCCAGUAUGUAAUACUGUUCACAGCAGUCCAUUCUACUAUUAGGGCAACUCUUUUCUACAAAAGUUCUUCCUCGUGCUGCAUAUAAGUUUGUCUCCAGGGCUUCACAAAACAAGGCUAAUGUCUAAAUCUUUACUUAGAGAUUAGUUAUCAUGAACUCUUUCAACUCUUUGCCAUUUAUUGACAUGGUGUCAAAUCCGAUCACCCUUCUGCUUCUCCUUUGAACACUUGGACAAAUAGCUUUUAAUUUUAUUUCAUGCUGCUCAAUGAAACUUAGUAAUCACUUUGGGUCGGCCUAGGUAGAAACACUUUCUUUGGGGAUUGAAAGUAAAUGGAAGUGAAGUCACCCAAAGGAAACUGGUAGUCAACGUGGAAAUUUCCACCAAGGACCAAGACUCAGGAGAGUUGAAGAUAGAUGACCCUAGAUAUUCCAUGUGUAUAAAACAGACCUUUGACAUUGUUUCCUAUACUAUUUUUGAUGUAGCCAAAAUCCAAGUCAUUCUGAAAACAAGAAGCAAGCUAACCCCUACGCCAUCUACGAGAUUCUCACUUCUUGGUUAAUGUUCAUAAAGUCUCUGUAGCCCUCGCCCUUUGUCUCUGUCGUCCCAGGAAUAACACCUUUUUUUUUGGUCCACGUUCCCAUACUGAAUAUGUAAAAAGAGUUCUGAUUACUUUAUAGGAGUUUGACCUAAAUAUUUACUUGCUAAUUGGUUUCGAGAUUCACUUCCGUUUUCCCGUGCUCAAAUAUGUGUACCAAGAGAUGUUGCACUUUAGACCAAGUGAGCAGCUUCCCUGCAGAUCAGUUAGGAACUACCCUUAGGGGUCUGUAUUUCUCUUUACUUUUGUCUUUCUAACCUCCUCAUCCUUACUCAUCUUAAUUUAAAAAUUAGUGUAGGAGAAUCAGCCCCUAAGUAGCUUUGAUUCAGUCCAGCUGCAGUAAGAUCAAACAGGCUCAACAGGGACUCAGGAAGAUGGCAUCGAGAGGGGUGCUGCUUCCCAGUGGCAUCACUGAGGCUUCAUGGAGGAGUGAAAUUUGGUAAGAAAUACUGAACUGAUUCAUUGACUUGAUGUAGUUGAAGAAGAUUUAAGGUACUAGAAACACUAGAGGAGCAAAACUGUCUUCAGGAAAGACCCUAUACUUUAAGUAUUAAAGAUUCUGGAAUUUCCUUAACAGGAGAAAAAAUUUCCAGAUAUUCAGGGUCAAUGGGAAGGUAAAAGGCAUGGAGGAAGGCUAAUUCAAUUGCUGUUUUCUAUCUUGUAUCUUUAUAAUUGGAAGAUAGAAUGAGCCGCCCCAAUACAAUCCGGCACAUACAAGAAGCUUUAUAGCGUAGAUAUUCUACUCUUGGAGCAAACACACGUGUCUUUUGAACACCUGCAAGAGAAGAAGCAAGACAGCCUUGUUUUCCUAUUACAUUAGGUCAACAAUUGGAAAAGACCCUGCUAUCAUCAAUUUCACUUGGUGUUAAAAUUCCCUUUUACUGAGUCACUGCUAAGUGGUAAUCCAGACUCUGCGUACACGUCACCUGUAUCAACACGUUCAUAACUUCUUGGGUCUUCCAUUUCCUCCAUCAGACUUUGUUCAAACUCCCCUUGACUCUGAAGCAGAACCAAGUUUGGAGAUUAUGCUUGCCUGAGUGCCACAUAAAACUCAUCUUUAACACAUAAUAAAAUGUUGUUCCUCCCUUCAUUUUCCUUCCAAAUGUAUUUGUUUUCAUUUUGGCAACACAUUACAUUAAAAAAAAAAAAAAAAACUUUGAUUUUUAGCUAAAGAUUAAAAAACCUUUAAAGAGCCUUAAAAAGAGUCUGAAGCCUUCUCUGAGGGUCAGGUUUUAGAGUUUGUAUAAUUUUUUUUUUGUUGUUGUCUUUAUUUUCUUACUCAAAAGACAAAUGGUUCUGACAGUUGGUACAUACAUAGCUUAUGCCCUCCCCCCAGUGCCCAGCCCAUGAACAGCGCCCUCCAGUUACCUGGCCUGAUGAUAAUGGACCUGAAGGGGUUGAAAAAAUCUCCACUUCUAAAAAGGAAGAAGUCAAAUGCAAAAGAUAGUGGUUCUGUUGAAACUCUACUUUUGUCUAAUUGUUCUUUGUCAGAGGAAAUGGUUCUUGGGGGACAGGCUGAUAGGAUGUUCCGGUUUUAGGUAGAAAUGUAUACAUUCUUUCAGCGGUGCCCUGGGUUACCAUGGACUGUCACCCUGUUCCUCUCCAGGUUAGAAUUAGAGGGCCCUAUUGGCAGAACCUGUCACCAGUCUCCUGGGCAGGACCUGGGGGUGGCUUUCUGAGCUCUAAAAUAAUAAUUCCUAAGAGAGCUUACAAACCGCUUUCACACAUGAAACAGCCCUGGGAGGAAGGUUAUUAAUAGCCCUAUCCUAGAAGAGAGAGCUGAGGCUCAGAAUUGUUAAGUGACUUGCCAGAAGCAAUGCAGCUGGUAAGUGGCAGAUCUGGGGACGCAGCCAGGUCGUGCAAGUCCAGUGUGCUCUCCAGCCGCCGCUCUAGGGGCACAGAAUACCUCCGAGCACAAUGUGUGCUUUGCCCAGACUAAUGUGCCGCCUGUGCAAAGGCAUCCAGAGCUGUUCUCCUAACCCAUCCUAGACCUCAGGAGGCAAAGCCACGUGUGUGCUGCAGGGCCUCCGAUCGCUGAGCGCCUGCAUGCGUCUUCUGUGUCAUCCGGUGGGGAACGACCAGGUAUUCUGUCUGACCGGCACUGUGAUGAUGGCGGUCGGGGAAGGCCACCACCGAGAACAGCUGUGGCGCUGAAGCACACGGCAGCAAAUCUCCCCAGAGACUGUUGGUUUACUUUCCACAAAGGGGAAAGCUCUGCAGCCGUGAGGUGCAGCCUAUCAACCAAGUUCAUGUCAUUUCAAAUGCAGUGGAGGGCAGAGGCGACUGGGUCCCUAAGACAGGUCUCUCUCCCAUGGGCUACGAUUUACGACCCCCAGAGACAGAGACUUCUGGAGGAAAACAAUGUGGAGGGUUCUUCCUUCCGGUUCACAGUUACUGAGGCCCAAGGCAUCUGUCACUGCACCAGGCGCUUCCCACCCACCCACCCCAUGACCUUGAACUGUCUGGGAACAGAGGCUGCAGGACUGAAUGCAGCUCUGCCUUCGGUGUUCGCCAUUGGAGAGACAGGGCUGCCCAGGCCGGUAUGGUUUUGGGAUUCGUGUUUGCCUAUUCUGGGGGUUUGGUACUGCAUUGUUCCCCGGAUGCUCACUCAGAAGCCUCCGUGAUACUCUAGAAGCUGCCCUACGUGGCAGGCCAACAACUCCCCAUUCCUUCUCUUGAGCUGCGUUCCCUGGGAAGGCGCGCCUUUUGAUUCGUGCUCUUGGGCUUCCCUUUUCUCCCAUUUCUCAUUAUAGUUGUUUGGCUUCCAGUUAAAAUCUGUGAACCGAUGGCAAGGUAUUCUCUCUUCGUCUGAGUUAAAUCUCCUGUAGGAAACCUGUAAAAUGAUCUCAUCUAAUAAGCUUUCUAGGCUUUUCCCUCUCUAGAGUCUACCGUCCCAUCAGGCUGCUCUCAGCCUCCCUCUACUUAGUCCCUGGGAUUAAUGAAGGCCACAUAAAGUCGCAGACAGCCUCUCACCCCUUUCCACACUUCACACCUGGAACACACAGGACGGGCCAGCGGGGCCAGCGGGGUAGUACCCUUGGCGGAAAUGGCAACAUUCCAAGCCUGGAGAGGUGCCUCGUUUUCCUGUGAGGCUUGAGAUAUACUCUGGCUGAAGCUGUGGAGAGCAGUUCUUGUAGGAGAGACAGAGUACCCCUACCUGGGAGUGGGUGACUAGAAUAAGAAUUUUGAGAACUCUCCAGAAUUAUCUAGGUGACUCCACCCAGGUAGAAACAACCCCAGGUGGAGCCUGUGACAUCUCCUUAGCAGGAAAAAAAAAAGGACCGUGAGGUAGUGAAGAUGGAGAAGCAGCCCUUUAAAAAAAGAAAGGGAGUCACAAACACUGAUCUCCCUUCACAUAAUGUAAAGAAAAUUAUGAAUAAAACCUCUCCUUCCUCCAUUCUACAUGAUGCCGUCCUCCAUAUGUAGGGAAAACACAAUUGCGUUGUCUUUAAAACACACACCCGUGCACGUGCGUGCACACAGUCUCACGCAUAUGCACAUACAGACGUCUUCCAAGAAAGCCGAGCCUUCAAAAAAGAAAUCUUAUUUUAAAACACUUGGGUUUUUCAGGCCAGGAAAUUAAUAAUUCCUAGACCUGACCCAUUUUUGUGGCUGCCAAGAAGGAAAAGAGAAAGCUCUUUAAAUUUUGUAUGGAUCCAUUUAUCUCUUAAAAUACGCCAAAGCGAUUUGAGGUGGGGGUGGAAACCAAAGUGUUUAUCUCUCCUGCCUGAUUCUCUCUUUACAUUUCUAUGUGUGGGGAAAAGAGUAAAGCCUCUUCCCGGGCCAUUCUGACUGAAGCAUCCUGUUCCCGCGUUGGAAGGUGCCUGCCAGCUCUGUGCCAAGAGGAGAGAAUCACACUUCCUCUCCUGACUCCAUUUACUCCAUCAUGAGGGAGUAGAUAUUAAGUCUGGAUGUCUUUCCUCACCAAAUUAUUUAACGCCAUUUCUGAACUGCUUUAGAAAAUGUAAAAAGGGGAGAAGCUGGUUUUUCUUGGAUGCAUGUCUCCUUUCCUUUCUUUCUUAAGAGACUUAAUUAUAAAAGGGGGAAAAAGUCCAAUACCUUCUCGUCUCGUUUUCUCUGUGAGUGACAGCUGAUGAUCACUUAGGAACCAUAAGCCAGAAGUAGGAGAAGAACAUAGCCAGGUUGUGAUGUGUCUGCCAAUGGGGUUCAUUCCUUCAGACUCAGACUUCAGAGGAAACGGGAUUUUGAUCAGUUAAAUGCCAACAAUAGAAAUGGCCUGAUUUUCAUUUCAAAUCAGAAAAGGCAAGUCGAUAUUUAGGCAACGUUUGCAUUUUACUAACCCUUCUGCUUUGUUUUUCGAUGAAUGCCAAGCACAUCAAUGCAUCAGGGAGAGAUUGCUAGAACGAGCCAGAGUGCCCUAGACCUCUCUCCCUAGGUAGCACGCUGAAACUGGCAGACACCGUGCGGGUCUCCUCAUCCCCACUGAAAUGUCAGAAUUGAGACAUAUCCUUGAUGAGAGAGAUUUAGGACCCUGGAAACUGAAUCUUAUCACCAGUGUGUAUAGUGAAGUAGUUGCAGAAUCACAUUUAAAAGACUUACUUCCUCUUACUCCCCGUUUACUCUCUUGGGAAAGCUGAUAAGUAAAUGAUCCAAGAAUUCUUUCCUUAGUAAACAAAGUCAGAAUCUAUUUCCCCCCUCAAAAUCUGAAUUCUGUCCUUGUUCUUUUUCAGGAAACCCAUCAAAGAGCAAACGGAAUUAAAGAUGACACUUGAUUGUCUGAUCCGUUAGUGUGAAUAAAAUUAUCCUGUGAUUGAAUGUGCCUUAAGUGAAAAUUUAAACUUAGAUGCUGCAUUUUCACAGCUGGAUGUAACAUUAACUUCUUCCGGGCUAUCUGUGCAGUGAACUAUUUUGUUUUUGUUUUGUUUUGUCUUUUAAACUCCACGUUUAUCAUUCGUUUAACAGAUUUGGGGCUCUUUCUCUACUGGGAAUAUGUGCAAUUAUAAGACGCACCAAAAAAAAAAAAAAGAAGGGAAAGAACUUUCUGAGUAGCAAAUCUGUGCCACGAAGGAGACGUGACAUGGAGAUGCGGAGCCCGAGGAUAGUAAUUUUUCUGUGCUGCACACACGAGCUUUUAUUUCGUGGCUUUGUCACAGGCUUUUCUCCUUCUGUGCCGUCACCUUUGAGAAAAACGAUUGCACCUUCUCCAAGUCUGCCUUUUUAACAGCUACAGUUGAGUUGGCAAGACUUCCCCAGCUCUGAAUAUAGCCAUUUGCCGACUCCGGCCUCUUUGCGAGACUGACUCAAAUCUGUGAUCUUCUGUUCAGCAUACACAUCAGCAAAGUGAGAAGAUGAGCACUAAAUAUAGGCUCUAUUAACUUUACUUUUAGAUUUACUGCCUUCAAAAAGUGCCUAUUCUGAGAAACAUAAACGUUAUUCCUACAUAUGUAUGUACACACGGUACCCGGAGUCAUACUGUGCAGCCUUCAAAAACAUACCAUCUAAAGGAGUAGGUGCUAAGAUGAGGAACGCUUGCCAAAUGGAAGAAAGUCACUCAUUUCCAAUAUCCCCUCUCGAGUGGCACCGUGAAACAGGCUGCAAACACAUUCCCUGAGCAUUCCUUGCUGAUACAGCCACUUGGUAUUUAUAUCUGACUGGAUGGCGGCACACCGCUAAGGCUUCCUAUAGUCUGCUCCCAGGGACUCGAUGCCGGACGGAACUGGAAUGUGCAGUCAGAAGGAAACAGUGUUAAGGAGAAUUAAUAGAGCCAGGAUCUGUAUUAGGAUAUGGGUCGUAUGUGUGUUUUAUAAACUAAGCAUUGGUGGGUUUCGCAUGUCAGCCCAUUUUUUUUUUCCCUCCUUUUAUCUCUCAGGCUAACAUCAGAGAAAAUGAAAGAAAAGUCUUGGCUGUGAGGAUUGGAGGCUCAGGGGGCCAAAUGUCCUUGCCAGAUCCUUAGAGCAUCUUUACUUUGACUCCUAAAAAUAGUAGCAUAUGUUAUCGAGUGACUUUUGUUUCCGUAGUUCUGUCGUGGGCAUCGCAGGCAUAGACGCUGCUGAUGGGACAGCGGCACCGCCCGGAAGGAGGGGCUCGUCUCCAGGUGUGGCGCAGGAGAGGGUCCGGGGAAAUAGGACGAGGGAGACCGUGCAUGAUUUUAGGAAAAAGGGUUGAAGAGAGGACGUGCUUCCAAAAAAGAUCUUUCUCAAUGUGUCGUCUGACUCAACCAGCUGGCAAAUUACGCUUGCCAAGUCGCUCUCUUUCCUUCUAAGUCAUUUGGCUCCAUGUUCAUUUGAAUACGCCUCUCCUUUGGGAAAGAGAGAUGCCUCCAGUUAGCCUCUCUCCAAGGAAGCUCUUGACGUUGUCUUGGUCACAAAGUUAUCUCCUGCCCCACCCACUUUUCACCAAAAGGAAGUAGAGAGGGAUGAGCUAUAGGAGAUGGUUUCCAUGGCACUGCAGUCAGCCACCAUUCUGCCUUCCAUAUAAGGUGUAUGUAGGGGGCUACAUACACCAGGGAUGAGGCUGGAACAGAUUACUGUUGCAUAAUCUCAAGUGUGGACCACCCUGCGUUAGCUGUCAUCGUUUUAUGAGACCAGUUGGCUCCCUGGAGAAAGAGUGAUACUCUUCACUAAAAAUGUCUACUCUUCCUGUUGACGUUCGUUUUCUGUUUUUACCUUAUCCAGUUUCAACACUAGUCAUUUUCUAUUUUUUAGAGCAUCAGAUGUCAGUGCUAGAUAAGAGUUGAAAAAUCUCUGUGUGGUGUCAGAAGUAUUAGGAUACGGGGGUUUUCUCCUUGGGAACAAGAUGGUGGGGAAAGCGACGAUAGGGCUCUGCUCCAGGUGUCAACCUGAUGACCAUGACUGUGAGAGAGAGAGAAUUUUGUGUGAAUGUUAAGUGGUAAAGGAGAAGGGGGAGACAGGUAGAGGCCAGGUUUUCUCUCCAAGAGCAAGAAUGUCCCACUGAGUACAGGCUUAGCCCCACCACGAUCAGCUGCUAAUCAGAAUAACAUUCCCUGAUUUAGGGAAAGCCACACGAACACAUAUAGGGAAUAUGCCUUUUUUCACAUAUGUGGUACUGACAGAGCCAUGAUAUUCCUAAAAUAUAGGUUCCUCUUUCUUAUUUUAUUCUUAGCAAAUCACAUUUCUCCACUACAUCGUGAACCAUCACUGACUUAUCCAAAAUAACCUACAUGAUUCCUUAUGAAAAUAAGAAUAAAACCUGUUAUAAGCAAGUGAUUUGGGUAUUUUCUUUGUAUUUAUGUAUUAUCCAAUUAUAUUAAAACAUUUCUAUUUACCUUCUUUUUUUCCUCUGUUAUGUUUUUCCAAUGCUCUAUAAGAAUAAAUACAAAAAUGAUAUUCCUUUUUUUUCUGUAAAAGAUCUGCAACUCCUUUAUUAUAUUUAGAAAUCCAAUAAACUUCUUAUUACAUAUA